GCUGCGGGAGUUGAAAAUUAUUUAUCUUUUAAAUUAAAACUAUAAUGAGUAUUUACCAUUGGAAAUUGGGCGACAUAGCGCUCGCUAGAAUAUGCAAGAAAUUAUAUGCGAAAGUUAAAGUGGUGAAAAACGAUGAUGGAUUAUUUUAUGAUGAUAAAGUUCUAGGAAUCACACCAAGGAAAGACGGCAGCGUGGAGACUACAGAAGAACUUUGCUAUUACGUGGAGAUGACGCGAUCAGGGCAGAGGCUCUGGCUGCCAUAUACCAGUCUACACUUAGCCGAGCGUUCCCGGCCGUUCUAUGGGAGUAAUAAAAUCCCACCACCAAUCAUAGCUGCUAAGCCUGAAAAACCAGCAGUUGCUAGGAAGAGGAAAAUCAAAGAAGAACACAUAGUUCCCCUUAAUGUAAAAUUAACCAAACCAAACAACCCAGACCUGAACGCCACUUAUGAUGUCCGUCACAUGCCUCUAAAACAGGGCAAAUAUGAGAAUGCAUUCAAAGAAUUUGUGCGGAGAGGCAAAGAAAUGCUAUUUGACCACUUCUAUGACUUGCUAGAGAGUGAUCCUGAGUGGAACCUUGAAGUCUUGGACUAUGUUAAGAAUGUUGAUGCAAGCACCGAAGAUAAAUUUGAAAUGGUGAUAAAAAGUAUGGUGACAGAGAAGGAAAUAGAGAAUUAUCUGCACCAGUGCUGGAGAUACAAUUUCAUUUACAAACAAAUGUCUCAAAUGGACAAUAAGGAAAAUGUGGAUCCUGUAAGCUCCAAUUCCCCGGAGAAGCUGCCUAUAACCCUGCACAUCGGCUGGUGCCUGGUGUGCGGCGGGGGAGGCGCGGUGGGCGCGGGGCGGCUGCGGCAGUGCCCCGCCUGCCCCGCCGCCUUCCACCUCGCGUGCCGGCGUGAGUGGCUUGUCACUAUCAUACAUCGCAAGAACCCGCCUCAGAAGCCGCAGAAGGCUUCCCCCUUCGUGGAGAAGAUCCUGUCCAGCACCAGAACCAAGCUGGCCGUGAAGAAAGAGAAGGAGAACACCGAGCUGUGUCCCAGCUGCAUGUGGGGGCCGAGAGUCGGUUACGAGGAUGUGGUGUGGCACAAGCUAGGCACGUGCGCCUGGUGGCCGGCGCGGGUGCUGCCGCCGGGGGCCUCGCCCGCCUGCCUGCUGGCGCGGCAGCACUCGCCGCACGACUGGCCGCUGCGGUACUACGGUACUCUGAACCACUCGUGGGGCUCGUCAUCGCGCAUGACGCUGUUCUUGCCGUCCCACAGCGCGGCGCUGGCGGGCCGCGACCCCGCGCUGCAGCAGGCGGUGCUCGACGCCUGCGACGAUUACAUCGCAAUCUACCUUACCUAGUCGCACAAAAGCUUAGAAGUUUUGUCUAAGGUUGUUUGUAGUUUUAAACAGAACGACCACUUCAGUACAAUUAUUGAUCAUAUUUCAAUAUCAUUUUACAAUCGUCUCAAAUA